AUGCUGCUGACAUGGGUGUUUGGAAUUUUAGGUAGACAAGAAGCUUUAGCUUUGAAUCUUGUGUUGCUAGCACUGGUUAGCAUGGCCUCUUCGGGACUGUCCUCUACUUUCUAUUCAGCCAAAUGCCCUAAAGCCCUCUCCACCAUUAGAACUGCAGUCAAUACUGCAGUGGCCAACGAAAACCGCAUGGGGGCUUCUUUGCUUCGUCUCCAUUUCCACGAUUGCUUUGUUAAUGGAUGUGAUGGAUCAAUUUUAUUAGACGACACAGCAAAUUUUACAGGAGAGAAGACAGCAGGGCCAAACGCAGACUCGGUGAGGGGGUUUGAGGUGAUAGACGAUAUUAAAUCUCGAGUGGAGAGUGUUUGCCCUGGAGUUGUUACUUGUGCUGACAUCCUUGCUGUUGCUGCUCGAGAUUCUGUUGUUGCUUUGGGAGGACCUACAUGGACAGUUCAGCUAGGAAGAAGAGACUCCACCACAGCCAGUAUCAGUGACGCCGAGACCGACAUCCCAUCUCCGGCACUGGAUCUUGAUGACCUCAUAUCUGCAUUUUCCGAUAAAGGAUUCAGUGCCAAAGAGAUGGUGGCUCUUUCUGGAUCUCACACUAUAGGCCAAUCCAGGUGCCUGGUGUUCAGGGACAGGAUAUACAAUGACGACAACAUCGAUUCUUCUUUUGCAGAAUCAUUGAAAUCCAACUGUCCAGACACAGAUGGUGAUGACAACCUAUCUGCUCUUGAUGAUACAAGCCCAGUUAUUUUCGAUAAUGGUUAUUUCAAGAAUCUGGUGGACAACAAGGGCCUACUCCAUUCAGACCAAGAGCUCUUCAAUAAUGGUUCGACGGAUUCUCAGGUCUCAUCUUAUGCCUCCAGCGCUACCAGCUUCUAUAAGGAUUUCACAGCUGCCAUGGUGAAAAUGGGUAAUAUUAGCCCGCUUACAGGAACUAAAGGCCAGAUUCGUGUGAAUUGCAGGAAGAUAAACUGAGCCAUGGCCCUCUGUGAUAUCUAUUUCAGCAACCCUGCAAGUUUAGUUUACGUUUGCUGUAUGCUCUCAUUGAUAAUAAUUGGCUAAACAUGCCAUGUUUGUGUGUAAAACAAGUACUAAUUAAUGGACAAGUGGUUUUCUCA